CUGACCUUGUAUGUGACCUUGACCUUCCCGUAACUCGGAUGGAUGAAGGCGUUGUUUGCAGUCGCUUUUCGUUCCUGUGCGCACUCUUUCCUCAUGCCGUCCUUUCUGUUUUAUGAAUUCAAGUUUUUCAAAAGCACUUUUUUUCGUGCAGCAAACUCUUUAUGGGGCUAUUUUCGGACGAGCAGGUUCUACUGCUCGGAUGCGCGUGCGCAGCCCUGCCAUCACCAAACCCCACGCAACCAUGUCUUCUAAACGAGAUUUGGAUGAAUCCGAUUGUAUUCGACUCAAAAGACUGUGCUCUGAAGUACAUCUACAGUGUCGUACAUGUAUUGCCAUAAUCGGCCCAAAAUAUGCAACAAGACCCCCAUCUUGGAGCGAUUAUAUUAGCCCUUCGGACAGUACCAUAUUCUCUCUGAAGAAACUGGAUAAAUUGUUGGAUGCUAACUUCACGAGCGCAUUGUCAGAGUUGUACAGUUUCGCCGCGGAUUUCGACUAUGGCGAGAUUCGCGCUAACGGUAUUCGCAGUUUUCUUCUGAUAGUGACACGGUGUUUAACUUCUCUUUUAACUCAUCUACGAACUUUGAAUUCGUAUUCUCUCGUCUCUUGGUCUGGAAACACGAAGCGAUCGCUGAUCGCAUAUGUCAACUGCUUUGCGGAGCUACGAACAUGCAUUUUUCUUUUGAAGUGUACCCCACGCUUCUGUGAACCCGGCACCCUGUUUCCCCGGUCACAUUUGACUGGGUUACCUGAGAUCGGUGUAGAGCCCUUGGUUUGUUAUAAAGAAGCUUUCAUGCAAAUCGGCCCUGAAAUCUCAGUCAAAAGCACUGACGCCAUCAACAGCGAAGACGUCAUAGACGAAGAGGUACUCUUCUUCCAAAGCAUUCAAACUCGGUUCGAUCUCAUCAAGCAAGAGCACUUCUACGGUCGGUGCCUUGCGUUCUAUUUCUGCCCAAGCGCACAACGAAUUCUGCUCCUACUCGGUUCACUCAUGGCUGGAUAUGGACAGUCAUUUUUGAAAAGUAAACAAGGCCUUUCGACUUUGGUGAGUACCGUGUACCGUUCUGUCUCCUCGUUUCUCUCACCAGAAGAUCGGGGCGUUGUGGUGGCCAAACUGACUCGCAAUGCGAACGUGGAAUUUUGCAAAGCAUUUUGGAGCUUCGCCGAGCAUCCUUUGGUCGCCGGUGGACCGAAUGUGAUCAUGCCCACAAUGGCCAUCGUGCACUCCUUUGAACUUUUGCCACGUAAUCUUCGUAUACCAACAAACCAUCCUGGUGGUUGCGCAGCGCUCACGGAAAAGAAGGAAUCUUCCAAACUCGAAGAAGCCUUCAUUACAAUUAAGUACCCUGAGGCCCAUGGGGUUCCUACUCCCGUCUCUGUGCGUCUGAUCAGUCAUCGCGUACGUCCCGGUAUGGAAUGGGCGCAGAAGAAUCUCUUGUCUAGCAUUUUGCAAUCGGCCAACUUGACGCGAAAACCGGACGACAGUGAUAUCACUCAUCCGUCUAUGUUUGGAACCCAGUCAACUUUCACUGACGGAUUUCGUAUGAACUCGUUUUCUGACAACUGCCCAUCCAGCAACAACGGAAGUCUGAAGAAGAUGUCACCAAAUUCCCGCAUUUCGUCUAGCUACACCAAAACAACGAAUCCUAAUCAUACACCUUCGGAUUUAUCGCCUUAUCUUCUGUUUCACAUACACGGUGGAGGAUUUGUCGCAAUGAAGUCUCAGUCGCAAGAUAUAUUUUUACGUCAAUGGGCUGAAUUCCUUGAUUGUUCCAUUUUCUCCGUGGACUACUCACUGGCACCCGAGUCACCCUACCCUCAGGCUUUAGACGAGUGCCUGUUCGCCUACUGUUGGGUCGUGCUGAAUCGUGACAAGUUGGGUGCGACCCCCGAUGCUCGGAUCAUUUUGUGUGGCGAUUCGGCCGGUGGGAAUCUGGUUCUUGGACUCUGCCUUCGGAUCGCUCACCUUGGCUUAGUGCCCAAGCCUUCGGGAGCUUUGAUAUGCUACGCCCCGAUUCUAGUUUCUAUGGCACCGUCACCAUCCAGAAUGUUAUCUAUUUCUGAUCCCUUGCUUCCGGUAGGGAUCCUGUCCAAAUGUUUAUUGGCAUAUGCCGGUGUUGACGAGCGCCAACUUUAUCCUGACGACGAUCUUGUGAACAGCCCGACUGAUGGGCAAUCUAGGCGCCAAAGCACAAUUUCUAGAACCUUGAAUCGGAUAGUCGCUCCUUUCUGGCCCACAUCCACUUCCACACUUCCUCCGACACGUUCGGUGUCUGUGUCAGAACGUGGCCCCUCGCAGAAGAAGCGAAAUUACGAUCGAUGGGGUUAUGAUCACGUCUCCGUUCCGGCUGACUUGUCGCACUGGGUCGAGUCAGAUGAGGAUCCAAUUAAAAUUUGGACUCAAAACAACCAUCAGCUGGAGCACACCUCUGAUCUGUGUACCCCACCAACUUGCCCGGAAGCUGAUUCCGAGAGACAUCACCCAUCAGGAUUCCACUUGCCGGAUGAUCCCGCAGUUCCCGGGGUUUCCGCUCCCAAAUCAACCACCCGCUCGUCUUCAGGGUUUGACCACAAAAAGAAUUUGCGUCCUCCACUAAAGCGUGAGCCGGUCAGUGAUCUAGAUCGCAUUCGCGCACUCAAAUUUCCCCAAGAUCCAUUCCUGUCGCCGUAUUUAGCUUCUGACGAGUUGAUGCGCCAGAUUCCUCCUUUAGGUAUCGCGGUAUCAAACUUUGAUCCUUUCUUGGACGAUUGCUUAGAAUUGGCUAAACGCGCCUCUCGUCUGAACGUUCCUGUCGAUUUGCGCGUCCUAGAUGAUCUCCCCCAUGCGUUUCUUAACUUCGCGCCCUUCGGUCCUGAGUUUCAGCAUGCGAACAAAGUUUGCAUGAAUCUUUUAAAAACCCUAUGUGAACAGAGGCCCGGAGAACAGCCUGGCAACCCCUGCCAAUCAACGGCUGCAACAGAUACUUACUCUUCUCUGGAUGAUGACAACGUAUCGUAACUACCUCCGAUCCUUGUUCUUACCAUGUACACUAGAUUUUACUAUUCGCCACUUCCCGUUGCAUCUGUCCAAACUCACACCAUUUGCGCUAACCAAACGAAACAACAUUUUAUUUUUGCUGCUCUCAUCCCUUCGGGGCCUUUAUUCUUUCACUUUUGUAUACUAUCUUCUCCCCUAGAUGUUACGGUCUUUCAUUGUUAGAACUUGCAGCAACAGCAGUAGCUCUGCACACUCACCAUACAAUCUGUGAUGUAAGACCACUCUUCCUUGUGUGUGAGUUCAUUGCACUGCAUAGUACCCACUACGUUCCGCCACAUAUUUUAUCAACAAUUAACCAAUAAAGCGCCAGCGAAACAUUGGAGUGUGUCAUGUUUACGCUUCCGCCCUUUCAGUGCUCCUUGUUUAAUUCGGCCAACACCACUGGCCUCAUUGUAACCUCAGAAGCGGAGUUGCAAAACAUUUGCUUGUCUGCCAGUCUGGAAUGUUGCUACUGUGCAUGUUAAAGGAGUGUGGGCCGGCUCCGUUGAUGAAACGCGGCUCCCAUCCACAUGC